AUGGCUUGUGUAGCUUGUGAAUCGUAUGAAAAGCGGAUCACGAAUGUUUAUAGAGAUGAGGAACUUAAAGAAAAGUACGAAAAACUUGUUGGAUAUCAGGUCAUUGUGGAUUGCUUUAUCUGUGAUAUCUGCAAUCAGAAGCUAGUUGAUGCACUAGACUUUCAACAGACGUGCAUUAGAGUAUAUAGAAAGAACAAUCAGAAUUAUGACCAGUACCCAAAAUCAUCACAUAAUCAAUCAUCAGAAUUAGGAAGUAAGGAACAGGAAUAUUUUAUUCUACAGACAGCAGACGACGAUUAUACCAAUGAAGAUCAGGCAGGCAAUCAAAGUCAAUUAAUAGACAAUGAAUUCUCUGUGUAUGAAAUUAAUGAAAAGGAGUUAAAUUUCGAGGAAUCAGAUAAGCAAAGCUGUUCCAAAACUGAUGAUCCUAAAAAUGAGCUUGACAUCCAGGAAUGUCUAAUAAUAGAGAAGCAAUCUGAAAUCGAUGACACACUUAUGACAUUUGGCGAUGAUCAAAAUAUUUCAUAUUUAGAUGACAGUAAAGGAAGUAAAAAACCAAGAAAGUCAUACACAGUCGAACAAAAGCUGAAAAUGAUAGAAUAUGCAGAACAAAAUUCGAAUCGUGAAGCUGCAAGGAAGUUUAACCUUAAUGAGUCGACAAUAAGAUGCUUUAGAAGACAGAAAGAGACACUGGAAGGGAUGAAUCCCAAUAAAUCAACAAAUAGACAUGGAACACCGUAUUGGCCUGAAUUAGAAGCAAAACUUAAAGAAUGGGCCGAUAAGCAAGCCACACGACCAAAAAUGACAGAAGUUAAGGAAGAAGCAAUUAAAAUUUCAAAGAGUUUGGGUUAUGAAAACUUCAGUGGAUCCAACACGUAUAUAUUUAAAUUCAUGCAACGAAAUAAAAUUGAGACUGCAUCACCAAGACCAAGAAAGAAGCUUAAACUCGAACAUGAAGAGGAUAUGUAA